CCCCCCUCUUCCCCCAAUCUCCGCCCCCCAUCCUCUCCCUCCCCCUUGCUCGCUCCCCUGAGCCCCGCCAGACCCCGCUCCACCCGCGCCCCGCUCGGCUCCCAGGCUCCCGCAGCCCCAGUGUCGGCCCCGCUGCGCCCGCCCCGGGGGCCAUGGGGGCGCCCCCGGGCUACCGACCCUCGGCUUGGGUGCAUCUGCUCCACCAGCUGCCCCGCGCUGACUUCCAGCUUCGCCCGGUGCCCAGCGGUUUCGCGCCCCAAGAACAAGAAUACCAGCAGGCCCUGUUGCUGGUGGCGGCCUUGGCAGGCCUGGGCUUGGGCCUGAGCCUCAUUUUCAUUGCUGUCUACCUCAUCCGCUUCUGCUGCUGCCGCCCCCCAGAGCCCCCUGGGGCCAAGAGUCCCCCACCCGGUGGAGGCUGUGUCACCUGGAGCUGCAUUGCUGCCCUUCUCGUCGGCUGCGCUGGCAUUGGCAUCGGUUUCUAUGGCAACAGCGAGACCAGUGAUGGGGUGUCCCAGCUCAGCUCUGCACUGCUGCAUGCCAACCACACACUCAAGGCCAUUGACCACCUGGUGCUGGAGAUGGUGGAGAGGCUGGGCGAGGCUGUGAGGACUGAGCUGACCACUCUGGAGGAGGUGCUCACACAGCGCACGGAGCUGGUGGCGGCCGCCCGGGGGGCCCGGCGGCAGGCAGAAGCCGUGGCCCAGCAGCUCCAGGGCCUGGCUUUCUGGCGGGGAGUGCCCCUGAGCCCCGUGCAAGUGGCCGAAGAUGUGUCCUAUGUGGAGGAGUACAGGUGGUUGGCCUAUGUUCUCCUGCUGCUCCUGGAGCUCCUGGUCUGCCUCUUCACCCUCCUGGGCCUGGCAAAGCAGAGCAAGUGGCUGGUGAUUGUGAUGACAGUGAUGGGUCUCCUGGUUCUUGUCCUGAGCUGGGGCUCCAUGGGCCUGGAGGCAGCCACAGCCGUGGGCCUCAGUGACUUCUGCUCCAGUCCCGACAUGUAUAUCCUGAACUUGACCCAGGAGGAGACGGGGCUUGGCUCAGACAUCCUGAACUAUUAUUUCCUCUGCAACCAGGAGGUCUCCAACCCCUUUCAACAGAGGCUGACUCUGUCCCAGCGAGCUCUGGCCAACAUCCACUCCCAGCUGCAGGGCCUGGAGCGGGAAGCUGUCCCCCAGUUCCCGUCUGCGCAGAAGCCUCUGCUGUCCUUGGAGGAGACGCUGAAUACGACAGAAGGAAACCUCCAUCAGUUGGUGGCGCUCCUGCACUGUCGCGGCCUGCACAAGGACUAUGGCACAGCCCUGCGGGGCCUGUGCGAAGAUGCUCUGGAAGGGCUGCUCUUCCUGCUGCUCUUCUCUCUCCUGUCUGCGGGGGCCCUGGCCACUGCCCUCUGCAGCCUGCCCCGUGCCUGGGCCCUCUUCCCACCCAGGUCAGGAGGGGAGAGGGGGCAGAGCCCUGGGGAAGGGGAUGGGGGCGUACCUGGAGCCACUGCUAGGGGGCAGCCUCCUGACGGAUCCUCCAUCCUGCUUCUCUACCACUCCCCACACUGCACCCCAGUGAUGACUAUGACGACACAGAUGAUGACGACCCUUUCAGCCCUCAGGAAUCCAAGCGCUUCGUGCAGUGGCAGUCAUCUAUCUGAGCCCCUCCUCCAGGCCAGACGGGCGUCUGUUCCCCAUCUCCGCAAGGAAUGUUCGAGGAGCCCUUCAGUGGGUGGGCCUGAAGCUGGGGAAAAGAAAUGGACCACCGUCUCCCGUGAGGGGCACCGGGGCCCACCUGCACUGCCUAAGUUCUGGUGGUGAGCGCUCUGGCUCGAUGCUGCCCUCUAGGGUCCAAGUCCAGAAACUGGCGCUCCCGGAGGUGUGGGAAAUUCACAAAGCAGCCUGAAAUUCAGGCCGCCUGAUUUCCCGCCAAGGGGCCUGGGAGUGAUCUUCACUCAGGAAACCCUAACCAAGAAGAAUGAACAUUUUGCCUAACCUUCACGAAAUGUACUUUUAUUUUAAAAUGCUGCAUACGAGGACCUCCACUUGUGAAACAUGAUGGUGUAACGGACGGGAUUUGCUCGCCCUGCUGAAACAACCCAAACGCCGGGCAAAAUAUGUGAAAUAGUGCUCCAGGCUUGACAGCAGGGAAGGAGGGGGAAGGGUGAUCCCUAAGAUGGAAAACAUCGAGGUUGUUGCCGAAACUCAGCCUCUGCCCGACGCUGCGGAAUAGGAACACAGAGACGGAGUUUGGGGUGAAGGAGAAAAAGAUAGCUUUAUGGUUUUGCCACGCAAAGGGGGGCACAGCAGGCUCAUGUGUUAAAGACUGUCCCCACCUUGGGAGAGAUUAGGAGGUGGUUUUCUAGUUUGGGGAGUGGAAAAUAGGGCCGCAGAUAAGGAUCAGAGGAGAGGCAAGCGUGCAUUGUUUCUCGAAAUUGGUGUUUAGUGGACCCAGGACUGGUUCUGGUGGUCCUCCUUCUUCCAGGAAUGAAGAAUGCUUCAACAGUUCUUCCAUUUGUAGGGGGUUUUAGUUCUGCAGAAAGGCUCUAAGCUAUUGUUAUGUGUAUCCCAUGAGGAGGAACCAGGACUCUGCUCCAAGGCUGCACUAGGGUCUCUGGUCGGCUCCUCCCUGGUCUCUGCAUCCCCUCCCUUCCCUGAUUAGCUACUGCCCUUUGGAACUCAGCAAACACCAUGGAGGCUGAAGCUUAUCCCCUAAUAACAAGAAGUGGAGGGCAGAGAAAGUCUUUUAGUGCCUAGGAGCCCCAGAGGGCACUAGCUGGGUUACAAGGUGACCCUGAAAUCCCUACAGCCCAUUGUCUUGAGUUUCAGACCACAGGGUGGGGGAGGGGAACUGAGGCAGAGGGCCUCCUAACAAGUGCUCUAUACAAUAAAGUCUAAAUAGCAAGACGAUAGAUUUAAAUUAUAACCUCAUUAGUAUUAACACAGUUAUAAACAGCUCUUUUAAAAGGCAGAGAGAUUGUAUGCUGGGGUAAAAAGAAAAGCUCUAACUAUAUGCUAUCUGCAAGAAACCCAUCCCUUUGAAAGUAAAGAAUGCUCAACACAGUGGGGUACCCGCAAUUGUACUGUGGCACAUAAAGGAGACCUUACCGCGGUGAAAUUCAAAUAAAGUCUGCAGUUAAUAGUAAUGUGCCAAUUUUGGUGCCUCAGUUUUAAGAAACACACUACAGUAAUGUGAGGCGAUGGUGUUAGGGGCUUUGGUACAGGAUUGGUAGGACUCUGAAAUAUCUUUGCAAUAUUUCUGUAAACCUAAAAUUACUCUAAAACAAAAUGUUUAAUUAAAAAAAGAUUACCUCUGCUGAAAGUAACAGAAUGACGUGGGGUUAUCAACAGAAAAGUUUACAAUAGACUAUGGGAAGGAAAUUGCAACUUCUCAAGUAUCACUUACAGUGACAGGUCCCUGAACUGGACUGGAUAAUUUUAUCAGAGUCGUGGAAAGAGCUGGCAUACUCAACAGGUUACAUGCAAGGAUUGAAAGAAAAGCCUAUUUACAGAGAUGAUCCCAAUUCCUCAGCCGGACAUCAAUGGCCUUUCCGGAUCGGUUACUUGAUUACCUCCACAGACCUAUCUCUUCCUAGGACCUUGCACACUUCUGCCACAGCCACCUGCACCCCGCAAUCUCGUUUCCUGCCUCUGCGCACGCUGUUCCCUCUGCCAGGUGCGCUCUUCCAGUCUAUUUACUACGGAAGCUCCCCUUUCCGGCUGCACGCUUUUCUCACCCCUUCCUCGAGUCCAUCCUUAGGCCUCCGCAUCACCGCACGGUGGGGAGUCUUAGAAUUCUCAGGACGCUAAUUUAUGCCUAUAAAUAAUAAUGGCUGCCACCAACCGGACCAAAACAAGGUUGCGCGCACCUGCGCAGGGGAAGCGCGCUCUGCUGCCUGUGUCCCCUCGGGGCCACCGUCCCCACCUAGUGUUCCGGCUUGUGUUAAAGUGUCCAUUGCGUCAUUGCGUGGGCGGGAGGGCAGGCCUAAGUCAAGCUCGCGGCGUCUAUUGGCUGCCCGGGGCGGAGGGAGGCGUGGCGAGGCCUCAGCGUGACGUCAAGACGCCGCCGUCGGGACGUCAAAGCCCAAGGAAGAAAAGAGCCAGCCGGGUCGCGAGAAGUUCCGUCGUCCGCAGCCGUGCUGCCGUCGUUUAGAGCCACUGCUGGCGAGCCCCGGGGGUGUACGGCCGAGG